UUAUGUUUUUUAUCAAACCUUAAAAAUUGACGUAUAUAGUGUUAAAUCAAAUAAUUUGUGCAAUUUUUUUGUUUAUUUUAUAGUCUUAUGUGGUUCUAAUUGUUUCAAAUUACCAACUGUUCUUGUUAACAAUAAUUUUGAUUCUCUACCGAGGAGCUGAAGUCGAAUAUUUACAAAAACUACACAAUCGUAGUCGCUUUAUCGAUUUCACCAAAACACACAACGGCUAUAUACUGAAUUGGCGACUGUUUAGAUAAUGGAAGUGUCAGCCGAUCCAUAUGAGCAAAAACUAUAUCAAAUGUUCCAAAGCUGUGAGACAGCUCAGCAACGAAACAAUGGUUUGCUCGAUGAAGCUUCACUGACUCGACUUUGCCAACUCUUGCAACUUCGGGAUCAAGGAUCUGCACUGAUUUCUAGUCUUACCGCGAAUAAUAGCACCAAGAUUGGCGUUUCGUUUGAGCAGUUUAAAGAGGCCCUGCUUCAUUUUUUAGGUACAGAGUUCGAUGGUUCAACAUCGCGACCGGGAUUAGGAACAACGUCAGGAUUAAAAGAACGAUCCCUGGUGAUAAGUGACGAGCCAACUAACACAAAUAUUGAGAGUCCUCCCGAGGGAGAAGCUUCGGAUCGUGAAGUUUCUCCUAAACUAGUUGUGGGCACUAAGAAAUACGGGCGCCGUUCAAAACCGCAUCAGGAUAUUGGUAUAAAUGCGCAAUCUGCCACAGACUCGGACAACACAGAUGAAGAUCCGCAUCAAAGUGUCAAUGGCUGCACUGACCAGAUAGCCCAAGUGCAACGCUCGUCGUCACAAAGCGAUAUACCAGGCAGCCGGCGUCUGCGUUCCAUCCACAUUAAUGGCAGUAAGCUGAAGCGUUGCGCUUCAUUACCAGCUCGCAAAAAUCUUCAAUUUAAAAUGCUGACUUCCACGACAACAUCCACGACGGUCGCCACUCAAGUCGGCAGUGGUAGCAAUAGAAGUAAUCUAAGAGAACCAAACCAGGAGUGUAGUAGCGUGGAGUCACUAGAUAUUGUGACACCACAACAACUCGAGACCUUAAGUGCGCACAGUAUUAUUGAAACCUGGGAAAUGUCGAGUAUCGCAAAUAGCAGUGGAUUGCUGCAUGCUUUGGGCUUUGAUGAAGUGGAGGUGAACCUUAGUCAACUGACUAAAGUUUUGGAAGAGGAAUUGCGAAGUCUAGAUCAUGAUCCGCAAACCAAUAUGUUACGCGCUUUGGUUUCGCUACAAGCGAUGGAACUGGGUUCGCUGCGACAGGCAUUCCGUCAGCAGCACGGUGAAAAUCUAAAGCUUCGAUCGGAUAACAAGGCUGCCAAUCAGCGUGUGUCAUUGUUGGCUGCCGAAGUGGAUGAGCGGCAUGCAAUAAUGGAAGAAAAUCGCAAGCAGCAAGUGCUUCAACUUGAACAGAGACAUGCGAGUAUGGUGCGUGAAUUUACGCAGCGGAUAAGCAACGAUCGGGAUCACUGGACAGGCAUGAUAACUAAACUUGAGGUACAGAUCAAGAGUUUGGAACAGGAGGAAAUUAGGUUGAAGACCGAUCUGGAGUUGGUGCGUAAUGAAAACUCUGAACUGCAGAUCGAACAGCAGAACUCUCAACUCCAACUGACCGAGUUACUUGAAAAAAACAUCAAACUGAACCAAGAUCUGGCAAGCUCGGAAAUUCUAGAACCAGUUGUAAAGCAAGAUCUAGCUUCUGAAAAGAAUAAGAUUUCAGAAGACGAUGAAAUGUUGCAUGUAAUUGAAAAAAUGACAGCGUUGCAAAUGGAAAACGCGCAGUUGCGAGAUAAAACCGAUGAGCUAACAAUAGAAAUUGAGAACUUGUACGUCGACUUAGCUCGUACAAAAUCAAGAAAAAAGAAACAGGUUGCUGCUUCCUGUGGAGUAUCUGCUGUCGACUCGUCUGAUUUCGACGAGCUUGAAGCUGUGAAUGUUGGUUUGGCAACCAAGCGUAGAGGCGACUCACCGAGCAAAACGCAUAUAACUGAAGAAAGUCCAAGGCUAGGGAAACAACGUAAAUGUUCAGAAGAUGGCGAGGUAAGCGAUAACAGCGGCGAUUGGUUGGCGCUUAACUCCGAACUUAAAGCUGUAAAAAAACAUGAAGAGGAGCUCGCUACUUUACGACGAAAAGUGGCUCAGUUGCAGCAAGAAUUACAAACAUCGACGAUGAAAUCAAUUGACAUGGUUAAUAAUGAUAGUGGUAGCCGUGCCACAACACCAGAAAUUCGUUGUAAAGAAUUGGAAAGCAGUCUAGAGCAAAUGCAGCGCGCUUACGAGGAUUGUGAGGAUUAUUGGCAAUCGAAGCUCACGGAGGAAAGGCAAUUAUUCGACAAGGAACGGCAGAUCUACGAGGACGAACAGAUUGAAAGUGACAAAAAAUUUACUGAGUUGAUGGAAAAGGUUCGCGAGUAUGAAGAACAGUUUAGCAAGGAUGGUCGACUUUCGCCGAUUGAUGAGCGCGAUACGCUUGAACAGCAGUAUAUUGAGCUCGAGGAGGAGGCUACAGCCAUGCGUAAUAACUCCAUCCGAAUGCUGGAGGAAAAGUCGCAGCAAAUUAAUUUGCUUCAGUGCGAAAUUGAAGAUCUGCGCACACGUCUCGGUGAGAGUGUCGAAAUUCUAACUGGUGCUAGCGAGAUAAAUCCGGAAUCGCUGCAUCAGAUAAAUGCACAAGUCGGGCAAAGCCCUGCCAGUUCCCCCAUUAGCUAUUUAUGGCACCAAAGUACCAUUCAAGAGCCUCUAAAAUCCUUUGAUGAUGCUACAGAGGAAAGUAAUACUAAAACAUUGGCAUUGCUUCCUGCAUCACCUUCACGGAAAGUAAUUAGCCGAAACAAUCUUACCACAUCCGAGACCUCCAUCUUCAGUACUACACCUCUUGAUAGUUCGUCGUCGGGGCCCUCGCCCACACACUUGGAUAGUACCUAUGCCUCGUCCGCAGUGUGCCCGCCUGCCCCUAUAUGUAAGCCCAAGCAAGUGCAAUCGGAGGGGGAAAUUGCUGACUGUGAGACUUCGUCAACGGCAUCGAACAAGAGUUUCGAUUCGCACAGUGUAGUAUCAACUAGUAAAACAUCUUGCCUUAGCAACGACAAAUGUAACAGUCCAAGCCUAUUAAAGGAAGAACUAAAACGCCUCAAGUUUUUUGAGUUGUCUCUAAAAGAGCAGAUUAAAGACUUGAGCCUGCAACGUGACGGUUUAGUAAUGGAACUGCAACAGUUGCAGGAGGCACGUCCAGUUCUCGAAAAGGCUUAUGCGCGAACCACGCAUCCGACGCUGCAACAAAGGCUAAACCAACUAGAGUUGCGUAAUCGUCAUUUGCAAAAUGUGAUCAAGCAGCAACAAAAGUAUACCGAGUCCCUGAUGCAGCAAUCUUGGCAACAGCAUCAAGUGGAUCUCAAUGAUUUACAUGGCCGGAUAGAAGCGCAGACUGUUAUGCUUACCGAUCAGACACAACGCCUGCAAAACGCUGACAUACUUGUAAAAGACUUAUAUGUGGAGAACUCGCACUUGACAGCUACCGUGCAGCGACUCGAGCAACAAAGAGUGCGCGUCAACUUAAUUCACCAACAACAGCAGCACCUUACUGGUGGCGGCUUAACUGGCCUAUCAGGAAUGCCUUAAACCGUAAAAUAUACUAAAAAGCUAAACAAAAAUUGAAAAAAAGAGCACAACGAAGUCAAAUCUGUACCAAUAUACUCGGCAUUACUGUUGCAAGAUAUUGUUAUAAAUAUUACAUACAAAUUUACUUUACAUACUAUUUACUCGUUUUGUAUGCGUCUCAUGUGAAUUUCCGUUGACUUAAUGUUUUUCGCAGAGAUUACUAACAAAAGCGCAUCAUCCAUAGGAAAGAACAAUACACUUGUACUGAUUGGUAAUACAAUAAUCGAUUAACUUAAAACAUGAUAUACAUAUUUUUACAUAUGUAUGUAUAUAAUUUACAUAUGCACUGCAUAUACAUAUUUGAUACAUAUACAAUGUCAAACUUACAAAUUAGCAAUUCAUAUAUUUAUGAAAAUAUAGAAAAUAGUAUUUUUAAUUGCAUCGGAGAUAAGAGAAUGCACAUUUAUCAAUGUUUAUCACGUGCAUUGGAAUUGUUGUUAAUUUUAUUGGUAGUGAAAUUAUAAAGAAAUCGAAAAACAAAAACUGAAAAUCUAUGAAACUUAAAAGACCUGCAAAGCUGUUACCUACCUACAAAAUGUAUUUAUUUUGCACAUUAAGUUUAGCCAAUAAUCUUUGUUUUGUCGGAUAUUUUGUUUACCUACAUACAUACACAUUUUAUUUUGUAAACGCUCGAUUUAAUAUUUUCAACUCAUAACUGCUCGUAUUAUGUUAUAGUAAAAGCUUGUUACCUUACGAUCAAAUUAUGUAAUUACUUUUUGAAAGUAUACAACAUAAAAAAAAAAACCAAAUAUACAGUUUAUUACAAAUAUAAUUAUUUACUAACGAGAGAUAUUAAUAAAGAUACUAAGAUGUACA